AAAGUUCGUUAAUAUCCAAUAUAAUUUUAAUUAGAAACCUGAUAAUUUCUUCCAUAAUUAAGAUUUAAAUAAGUUAUAAAAUGCCUUCGUGGGCUCAAAUCCAAUCUCAGCUUAAACAUCCGAAUAAUCCAGUCGUUUUUUUCGAUGUUAUGGUUGGAACAAUUGAAAUUGGGAGAAUGAUUUUUGAAUUAUUCGCUGAUGUGGUGCCUAAAACUAGUGAGAACUUUAGACAAUUCUGUACUGGCGAGUAUAAAAAAGAUGGAGUGCCUCUUGGAUUCAAAGGGGCUAGUUUUCACAGAGUAAUUAAGGAUUUCAUGAUCCAGGGUGGAGAUUUUGUGAAUGGUGAUGGAACUGGCGUUAUGAGCAUAUAUGGAGGAACUACCUUUGCUGAUGAAAAUUUUUCAAUAAAACAUGAUGCACCAGGGUUGCUAUCAAUGGCAAAUAGUGGACGGGACAUGAAUGGUUGCCAGUUUUUUAUUACUUGUGCAAGAUGUAAUUUUCUGGAUAACAAGCAUGUUGUAUUUGGACGUGUGAUAGAUGGAUUAUUAGUUAUGAGAAAAAUAGAAAAUGUUCCAACAGGACCUAAUAACAAACCAAAACUUUCGGUUACUAUAUCUCAAUGUGGGCAAAUGUGA